AGUCGACGACGACGCCGACGACGGCUGUGAGAGCUGCAGUAAUCAAAUUAGAUUCUAUACGUCGCGCAGUAUCAUCGGUGAGGCACACAAAAAAGCCGAUCCUACUACCAUAAGUUAGACUCGCUUCCGUGCGGUAGAGCAAAACAAAAACAUUGCUAAACGCGAGCUCGCAGUGUAUUGUGGCUUUCGAGACAGACGGUCGUUUGAGUGGGAUUAGCGAUCGCGAUGAAUAGGACAGAAUCCGAGGAAAGCCCGGUCGAGCUGCUGGUGGAAACUGUGUCACCUACGGCGUCCGAUCUUGGUUCCAUGUCCGAUUCUCCGGUCAGGACUCAGUCAAGACAGAAAAAGAAAAAGAGUGGCUUGUCGUUUAAGAAAAUUCGAAGCAACGCUCAAAGACUAAUGCCGGGACGUAAGAAAAGUGAAAAAGAUGGAGAAACUGAGGAAAUGGAGCAAAUCGAAGAAGGCCCGCCCACUGCGUCACCACCCGAUCCCCGGGUGGACGAGAUCAAGUCAACGGAAAGUCUUCCAGCGAUCAACGAAGAGCAACCGGUUCUGCAAGUGACCAAGUCCAACGAUGAAAUUCCCGCCGAAAGAAAAGCGAAAAAGAUUCACAAACCGAACCGCGCUGCAAGUUUCGUGAAAAAACUCGCCGGUCGGAAGGGAAAAGUUGCUCCCAAUCCAAUCAGUUUCCCUCAAGAGGACGACACUUCAGCUUCGACCAUGGAGACUCCACUCAGCAUCAAACGACGAACGCCAGAAGGUGCGAAUCUCAGCGUCUCCGACACAAGUUUGUACGAGAGCGAUAAACCGAGCGGCGAAAGUUUCAAAAUCGAACUGCUCGAAAGUGAACCCAAAGUAAUCCGUACAAUAGCUCCUAAAAAGACCGAAAUGAAAAUCACUCUGGUAAAUAAACAGCCACCAGAAAGCAAAGGGAGUUCUAGGGCUUCUUCCGCUGCCGGUGUUCAGUUACUCGAGACGUCGGCUUUAGUCAUUCAAUCAUUACCACCAGCAGCUUUGGCGUCGUCGUCGUCGUCGUCAUCGUCAUCAUCGUCGGCUUCAUCGUCAUCGACAAGCGGCGGUGAUAGCGCAAAACCAGGCUCAGUCGCAAGUGUUGGUGAGUCGAAGACAGUCGCAUCAAGUUCUAUCGCUUCGAGCUUCGAUUCUAAACCAAUUAGGUCCAUUCGUUCCCCGAAGGUAAUAACCACGGCCAUUCAGGACAAUAUCGCCGUCUCAUCUACUAAGGAGAUUAUCAAGCCGGAAAUUGUUACCCCAAAAGUCGCUCUACCGGAAGUUGAAACAGACAACGUAAUCGAAACACUCGAAGUGCAUGACAAUAGCGUAAAAGUUUUACCAUCGCCAGAAAAAACUACCGACAAAUUGAAAAACUUUUUUAUGAAGAAGGAAGCCCAGAAAAAGUCCUCCACCGCCCCGGAAGGUUCGUCACAAACCACUGAUCCUCGCCCACCAACUCAGAGUACCGUCCGAACGCAGGAAGCAGCCAAACCGUACCAGUUGGGAAAUAACAUAAAAAACCCGAAUCUGUCCGGUUUCAAGCCCAGCGCCAAGACACCGGAACCAGCUGAACAAAAACCAUCCACCUCCGGCGUGAGUAAGGAGGAAAAUCGUCCUCCCGAUGCAAUAGUGUUCAACAUCGGCAGUCAGGUUCGACCGAACCGCACUUCGAGUCCGCGACAGUCGAGGACACAUCAGCCACCGCUUCUCGCUCCAUUGAACCCAAUCGUAACGGAUACCAUCAGCGGACCCCAGUCCAGCAGCUACAGUCGAUCGAAAUCGUUCGAGGAGUACAAUUCUUCGCUGGACAAUCGCGUGUCCCUGGACGAGAGUUUGCUGAGUGAGAAUUCACGCCGCAGGAUUGCAUACGUUGCACAGCCUACCCUAUUUACCCCGGAGGAGGAGGAACUGGUGAGUGGUCGGCCGUCACUGCUGUCCAGCGAUUAUUCCGCGGAUUCAGCCGAUUUUCUCGAUAGCAAAAUGUCGCCCCAUGGAGAUUUGCUGCUGGAGAAGAAUGAUAAUGGGACAAAUAUGUCCACGACACCGUCGGAGAAACGGGAACAUCUGUACAAAAUCCUCGUAAUUGGCGAGCUGGGCACCGGAAAAACAUCCUUCAUCAAACGCUACGUGCAUCAGUUCUUCAGCCAAAAUUACCGAGCGACGAUCGGUGUCGAUUUUGCGUUGAAAGUGCUCAACUGGGAUCAGAACACCAUCAUCCGGCUGCAGCUAUGGGAUAUUGCUGGUCAGGAGCGAUUCGGCAAUAUGACACGCGUCUACUACAAGGAAGCCGUCGGGGCAUUUAUAGUGUUCGAUGUGACGCGGAGUGCGACCUUCGAUGCGGUUAUCAAAUGGAAACAGGAUCUGGACUCUAAAGUUCAACUACCGGACGGGAAACCGAUCCCGUGUAUAUUGUUGGCAAAUAAGAGUGAUCAACAGAAGCAAGGUAUUGUCACGACACCGGCCAAACUGGAUGAAUACGUGAAGGAGCACGGUUUCGCUGGCUGGUUCGAAACGUCAGCCAAGGAGAACGUCAAUAUCGAAGAUGCUGCCAAAUCCUUAGUCAAUAAGAUUCUGACGAAUGACAAGCAGAACAACAUGGGAGAAAUUGUGGAUGCGGACCGGUUCGCCCUGGCUGGCGGCCGGACGGAUUCGAGUCCGAAGAAAAAUUGUGCCUGCUGACCGUAUGCCGCCCCAUAUGUUUCAGUGUCUUUACUCGAUAUUUUAUGUUAUUGAUUAUUUUUUACGUCUAUAUAAUAUAUACAAAACAAAACUGCAUACAGAGGAAACAGAGAAAAAUGGCAGCGUAAUGCUGCAACUAGUAUAUUCGUCUAAGGUUCAACGUGACGUCACUCGCGAGUAAAUCAAAGUACCAAAAAAAAAGUGCAUCCUUCGAAAUCACAAAAAAGAAGGUGUUCAUUGCCAGCAAUGUAUUCUAAAGGGAAAUAAUGCAAAAUCCAGUCCAAUGUUACUUAACCGUCUGAGCUAAAGCUUUUUUAACUGCAAUUUGUUAUCAUAGAAAUGUCUGUACAAUAAAGAAACGUAUGUUGGAUAUAUUGAAAAACAGAAAA